AUGGCAAUCGGGAGUUCUCGCGAAUUGAAGACUACCAAACCACUUCUCGCUCCACCAAAUGAUGAACAUUAUUCUCGACCACGAGUGAGGUCGGGAGAUUUAUGUGUCGGUUGUAUUGUUUGGUUGCCGUUGGACGGGUAUGAUAAGAAUAUCAAAUGUUGUAAGAGGAAAUGCUGUGGAAAAGCUCUUGCAGAAGAUGGAUACAACAAUGCAGUUGUCGUUCUCAAAAUCCGGCAAAGAAAAGGCUCAAGUAUACGAGGAGAUAUUAUUUGCUAUGUUACUACUAUUACCACGUUCAGUGACACGAAUCUAGAGAACUAUUUAUCACAAUGUCCACACAAUUCUGAGUUUCAACGAUCUUUACCCAUUAGCCCUGUUGAUCAAGAUAGCUGCGUGGAAAGCACACCAUCAUGGCUCCUUCGUCUGCAAAAGGGCGCGCUCAGGAAACAAUCCUAUGUGAAUCUUGCUCACGUCUUUAAAGUUCCUGCUGGCAGCCUAUCUACCUUUGGUUUCCGCAAUCACCGAGCUUACAAACUCCGUCUGUCAGCCACAAGUUAUAACAUAUUAAUGGCGGAAAUGGGUCUACGGAAUGAACCUUACGAAGAGACUGCGUCGCUCUACAAGACUGCACGAGCUCGCCUCGAAGCACUUGCUUCCCAAAAUCGACAAAUUCCGACCACGAUACCAAAAACAGCACAAGUAACAUUCACAAUUCAAGGCGAAAUAGAUCUUGAAAAGAAGAGAUAUCCCACUACACCAUUCCCGGUCGCCGAGCCCGAUUGUCCUCAUCCGAAAAUUGCCCCCACAUCUUCCCCUCUCCCAUUAGGACAACGGAGAAACGUCCGGUUCACUCUAAGCGAAAUACCAAAAUCAAAAAGUUAUCUCAACGUGCCACAGGUAGGCAAUUACGGAACAAUUAAUAAUCAACAUCUGCUUACUCCUUACCCAACUGCACCGCCGACCCCACUCACGGCACGCUAUCAUUCUUUCAGACCAUUUGUGGAUCAUGGUUGGAGACAUGUCGCUUUGAGAUUUUUAGUUGGAUGUUUCAGCUUGGGGACAGUGUUUGGUGCGUUCAAGAUGAUGUGGUCAGGGAAGUUAUUCCCCGCUGGUUUGUGA